CUGUACGUUGUACUGUCAAUAACAAUAAGUAAACAAGCUGUCUGUUUACUUUUUAAUGAUAAGUAUAUUUUAGGAAGUAAUGGAAUAAAAAACUGAUUUAAAACAAUCAAUGGUUGAACCAAUAUUUGAUUACCAAUUCCGUCUAAUUUUAAUUGGUGACAGUACAGUAGGAAAAAGUUCCCUACUGAAAUAUUUUACCGAUGGGAAGUUUGCAGAGGUUUCAGACCCAACAGUCGGUGUUGACUUUUUCGCCAGACUUAUUGAAGUUGGAGAUGGAACCAGAAUAAAACUUCAACUUUGGGACACUGCAGGACAAGAAAGAUUUCGCUCAAUAACCAAGUCCUACUAUAGAAACUCAGUGGGUGCUUUACUAAUUUAUGACAUUUGCAACCGAGCCAGUUUUGAACAUAUUCCAGUAUGGAUGUCUGAAGCAAAAAGACAUAUAGAGCCUCAUAGACCAGUGUUUGCUCUUGUUGGCUGUAAAUUGGACCUUGUAAAUAAUGGAGGAAGAAGAGAAGUAUCUAAAGAGGAAGCAAAAAGUUUUGCAGACCAAUAUGAUACAGUUCAUGUGGAAACAUCAGCAAAGAAUGGCAUAAAUGUAGAAGAAGCUUUCCGUUCUGUUACCCAAGAAGUUUACAAUAGAAUACAGACAGGUGAAUAUAAAAUCCAGGAUGGGUGGGAUGGGAUAAAGACUGGAUUUACAAGACCUAAUGGGCUAGAUUUUAAUUUAGUGGAAGCUGAACCUGCCAAAGCUCCGUGUUGUUAAUGUUUAUUAUUAUCAUUAAAUUAUCUUUAAGUUAAUUAAAGUCUCCAUUAUUUGAUUUGUAAUAACACAAAUCUGACACAUUAAUUCUUUUUUUAAUUGUAUUUGAACAUGAUAUUCAC